AUAUGUUUGAAAUCCAGAUUUCUUCUUCUGCAAUUCACAGAUUUGAAACCCAAAAAUGGCUUCCUCUUCUUCCUCCAAGAUCAGAAGCUCGUCUCCCUUCCCAAACAUUCUACUCUCAUGCCUCAAUUUCAUUCUGUUCAUCCUUGCAUCAGCCUCUCUUGCUCCUGUCAUACUUCUCAAGAACCCACCAACUACACUUGGCUGGGCUUUGCUUCUGGUCUCUUUCCUCUCCCUCCUCUCUUCCCUAGUAAGCUUCUUCUCCCAGCUCACUCACAUGUGCUUCAUAGCCCAUAUCUCACUAGUUCUUGCGGCUUCCAUCGGCCAAUUUCUCAGCGUCAUUGCUCUGUUUACUCGUGAGAAUUCGAGCCUGCAAUUGAUUAAAUCGACCAGGGAUCCUAAGGAAGCUCGGGUUCUUAUCAGGUUGGAGUGUGGGAUUUUAAUGACCAUGUUUAUAAUGCAGUUAGGUGUAUUGAUGAUGGCUUGUGCCGUUCACAGUUCUUGGGUGAAAGACCAUGAAGGGUUGGAAGCAGAGAGGGAGGCAAUGGCAAGGAAGAGAAGUAGGAGGAUGGCUAGAGUACAGGAGGAAUCCAUGGCUAAUGCAGCUAAGAUUGCUGAGAUUAGAGCUAAGGAGUUGGAUGAGAAGAUGAAGAACAAGUAUGGACAGUGGGUGAAAACUGAUUUUGAAGGUGUUUGAUGAAAGUCACUAUAAUAGUAAUGGUGUUGUUUAUGUUUAUUAAUUUUCUUGAAGUCGCUACUGAUGUGACAUUUAAAGAGGGGGUUUGUUUCUUGUUUGAGUUGGGACAACCUCGUGUUGUUGUAUUUAGGAGUCACUUCUGGGCUAUGGUAUCUUGAUAUGUAUGUGUUCGUCCCUGGUCAUACAUAGUACUAUCGUCAAAAGUAAAUGGAGGGUAUUAUCCCUGCUCAUAGGUUUGAGAUCCACAUCUAUGAAUUAAAUGGUUUGAAUGGUUUACUUUACGGUCAUAUUGGUUUGAAUGUAACAUUAUCGAUAUCAACAAUAAUCCUAUUGAUGUUUUUUUGUAAA